CAGUUGUACUGAUUGUAGUUGUGGAAGUAGCCACGAGACCCGGAAACUCAAUCGAAGUAUUUCUCUUUUGGUCGGACUAGCGCCUUUUCCGGUAUACCAGCAAUCAUGGGUCGCGUCAGGACGAAAACUGUCAAGAAGGCCGCACGGGUCAUUAUUGAAAAAUACUACACGCGUCUGACUCUGGAUUUCCACACCAACAAAAGGAUAUGUGAGGAAAUUGCCAUCAUUCCCAGCAAACCGCUUAGGAACAAAAUCGCUGGGUUUGUUACGCACCUGAUGAAAAGACUUCGCCAUAGCCAGGUGCGAGGCAUCUCGAUCAAGUUGCAGGAGGAAGAGAGGGAGCGUAGGGACAACUACGUGCCAGAAGUCUCUGCUCUGGAGCAUGACAUCAUAGAGGUUGACCCUGAAACAAAGGAUAUGCUUAAGAUGCUUGACUUCAGCAACAUUUCUGGACUGCAACUUACACAGCCUGUCGCCCACCAGCAGUUCGGCAGACGUACAUAAAUACACGAACACUCCGUAUAUUUGUCAGAUUUACCUUUUUAAUCAAUAAAGAUGUAAACUGACUUCA